AUGAGCUUCUUCAGUUUUGUGCACUCCCAGCUCUUCGUCACCCCCAUCUACCCCAGCGGAUCUUACACCGGCAGAACGGUCAUCAUAACUGGCAGCAACACCGGCCUCGGGAAAGAAGCAGCACGCCACUUCACGCGCCUGGGCGCCAGCACCGUUAUCCUCGGCGUCCGCAGCGUCGACAAAGGCAAUGCCGCCAAGGCCGACAUCGAGCAGUCAACCAAGUGCGCCGCAUCCGUCGUCCAGGUCUGGCAACUCGACGUGGCCAGCUACGCCUCCGUCCGCUCCUUCGCAGCACGCGUGGCGGGGCUAGAGCGUGUCGACAUCUUCCUUGCUAAUGCGGGCAUCGCUCCGGCGAACUUUGCGUUGGUUGAGGGCACGGAGUCGAUGAUUACGGUUAAUGUGAUCGCCACGUUUUUGCUGACGUUCCUGGUGCUGCCGAAGAUGAGGGAGACGGCGAAGACGUACGAUACGAAGCCUACUCUUUCCAUCACAACUUCAGAGGUCCACGCAAAAACCGCGUUCCAGGAGAAAGCAGCCCCGGACGGCAAGAUCUUCGAGGCGUUGAAUGACGAGGGGAAGUUUGAUGCGAUGGAUCGAUAUCCGGUGAGUAAGUUGCUGGAGGUGUUUGGGGUUAGGGCGUUUGCGGGGGAGCAUAAGGCUGAGGAGCUGGGAGUCACGGUCAACUGUCUGAACCCGGGGUUGUGUCAUUCGGAGCUAAUGCGUGAAGCCGGCUUGGGCCUCCGAAUUAUGAAGUCCUUGCUCGGUCGAACAACGGAAGCUGGUAGUAGGACGCUCGUGCAUGCAGCCAGCCAGGGGCCGGAAACGCAUGGGAAGUACUUGGGGGACUGCAAGAUUAAGCCACCGGGUGGGAUUGUGUUGAAGCCGGAGGGGAAAAUAGCGCAGGAGAGGGUGUGGACGGAGCUGGUAGGGCGGCUGGAGGCGAUUGUGCCGGGGGUUACGAAGAGCCUUUAAAGGCAGAGGGGCAGACUAUCUUGAAGGACGAUGGAUGUAUUAAGGAGCGAGACAAGCACGAACGCGAGAAGAAGGAGCGUUGAAUUCAUUUGAGCCUGUGUUGACAUCCUUUGGUGCUUCACACUGUCCACGCUAAUCCGCUCGCAGUGGCCGAAAUGGCGGUUUGGUGCAUGGAGUGACAGCGAGACGAACCCAGAUGGAGAUCACGG